AUGAGUGCUCCGGCUAAUAACCAGUUGUACUAUGAGCUUUACCGGCGUAGCUCUAUUGGAACAGCACUGACAGAGGCGCUGGACCAGUUUAUCAGCGAGUCUUAUAUUGAACCGCAGUCCGCCGUACGGAUCAUGUCGCAUUUUGACCGAGUCAUGACGGACCAGUUGAGAGAGACCGUCAAGGCCCGAAUGCAACUCAAAGGACAUUUGCGGACCUACCGAUGCUGCGACGAUGUGUGGACGUUUAUUGUCACAGAUGUUGUUUUCAAAAUGGAUGACGGCGAUAUGGUCAAUGCCGACAAAAUCAAGAUCGUUGCUUGCAACUCUCGCCGCCCCCAGGAAUAG